AUGACAGACUUGUACGGGUUCAACAGCAGAUUCAACAAGCAGAAGACGGAACUGGUGAACCUGACGCACCUCCCUGCCCGCCCCCCCCCAUGGGCCCGACCACCUACAAUCCCCAGCAAGUCCUGCUCUUGCUGUCCACCCCGGUCGAAGGCAGGCAGCGUGGCCACGUGCCCCCCAGUCAGUGUGUGGUAUGCAGCGGAGGGCAUGUCCUACCACACCUCCUGGAUGUAUCGGCUUCAGCAGGGCAACCGCCCAAGGAUUUACUUUGCUUGCUUCAAGCCUGCCUUUCUGGACCUAAGAGACUUGCUGGAGUCGGAAGACUGGGAAGAUGAUGUCUGGGACCCUGAGCUGAUGGACCACACCGAGGCGGGGCCUGAGCAGGGGGCGUCCCCAGGGAUGGGGCCGAGCUGGGGGCAGGGCCAAGAGUAGCCUGCACAGGGAGCGUCUUUGGACCGGGGGUGGAGCACCCCGGCGUCAGCCCGGGGGUCAGAAGAGGUGGGCCCGGACCACUAUUUCGUGCCCACGGAGCUGGAGCCCCGGGACGUGGCACCCCUGGGCCUGGGUCCAGAGGAUGCUGACUGGACCCAGGGCCUUCCCUGGAGAUUCGGGGGGCUUCCUUCCUGCUCACACUGGCCGAGGCCCCCUCUCCCGUGGCACAGAUUUCUCAACGUGGACCUGCUCCCCGGGGGGAGCCCAUGGUGUUGGAGCUGGGCACCACCCGGGCAGUGGACCCUGCUGAGGCCAAGCCCUGGUUCCAGGACCUGCAAGUGGUAUCCAUGA